UUUGAAAUACACCUGACUGACAAACACAAAUCUGAAUAGUCUCUGGCUUUUUGUUUAAUACACGAGACUUGAUCGACGCAAGUCUCAAUAUUGUGUGGCCAUUCGUUACACCAAAUUUUCAAGGAUGACUUUCGGCGUUUUGGCGGCUCUCUGCAUCACACUGCUCACAGACAGCAGUUGUGGAAUGGUGUAUCCAAACAGAUCGCUUUUCAACUACAUCUGCAUGUUAUCUGAGAAUUCGUAUUCCUCCACGAAGAAGCCAGUAUCCAUCUCAAUUUCUUCUGAGUAUGAAGUGGACGUAUCGAUGUCAACUCCAUUUCUUUCCGCAACUCCAUUUGAAGAGUUUACCCUGAAUGCAGGACAGGGGAGAAAGAUAGCCAUAACGCCAGAAAUCCGUAUGCCAGUGAAUUCGUCAGUAUCGGAACGAUCCAUCUUGAUCCAAGCUACGAAAUCAGUUUCGGUGAUAUUGGUCAACGACAUGGAAUCAAAUUUUGACGUAGUUCAUUUAAUGGAGUUAGAUGCUCUAGGGACGGACUAUGUGGUGUUGUCAUUUGUUACAACUGAACCCAAUGCCUUUAUCGGCAUCGCUGUCCCAUUUAACGAGACAACGAUAAGCAUCAGGCUUCCUGCUAGAGUAAAGCCAAUCGAUGUUUUUGUGAACGGUCGGAUCUUCAGUACAUAUCCUGAACUGACCUUGACAUUGCAGGCUUACGACGCACUUCAAAUACUAAGUGGAGAUGACCUAACAGGAACCGUAAUUUCGUCUGAUAAGAAAAUAGCUGUUUUCUCGGGCAAUACGCGAACAAAGGUGUUUGGACUUUGCCUGGAUUAUAUGAUGGAAGAGAUGCCCAGAGUAUCUGAUCUAGGAAAUGAAUAUAUCGUAUUUUCACCAUACCCAGGACCCGACCGCGACCUUCUGAAGCUUGUUGCCUUAGCAAACAACACAGCUAUAACUGUGGACGGAGGGACAACUCUCAACAUAGAAAGGGAAUUCAACUUUAAAAAUAGGAGGUUUUCCAGACUAUCUGUCCACCACAUACGAGCUACACACCCACUGCUUGUUGGGGGCAUCACGUUCAGCGCUGGCCCCUUAUACUUCAUCAUAUACUCAGGGAUCGCAUGUGUAGAGGUGUUGGCGGUAGUCUUGUCCUCGUCCGAGUCGUAG